CAACGCCCCAAGCAGCAACAACAACAACGUGAGCAACAAGAGAUACAACUGCGUAGACGUUUAACGUUUAGCAAAGGACGACAACAACAAUGUCAUCCUUGCAGCGUAACUGGCAUUUACAGGGCUCACGUGGAUCGGUGUAUUGCGCCAGUGAACCCGAUCCAGCUGGCGUGGGAGCUGUACACGAGUCGGAAGGAGUUGGACUUGGAGUUGUAUCUACCAAUGCCAGCCACAUGGACGGGCAGCAUAACAGUGGCUCGCUCUAUUCAGUGGCAUCGGCACCACCCGCACCUCUACCGCUCUCCCUGGCCCAGCUGGAUGUCAAGCAAAUGGAAUCGCUGUAUGUGCCCACGCCCUCACCUUGCAACUCGCACAUGGCCUCACCGCUGCGACCCGCCCACACUUACUUGGAUGAGCCCUGCUGUCCCCGCACGCUGCACGCCAGUCUGCUGGCGGAGCUGGAGGAGGAUGACAAUGAGAAUCUAUUGACCGUCUCCAGCAUAACGGCUCGUCCGCUGAUAGCCAAAUCUCACGAGUUGCGCAGCAACCGCAAGCACCAGCAGCAGCGCCGCCGCCCUGUGCCCAAUCGACGCAGCAAACAGCUGGUCAAGGAUCGGGAUACAUCGACCAUUACUACAGAGAGCAGUGGCGCUGGUACUGCUGCUGCAGAGCCGCCGGAUGGUGGCUACGGCUGGUUUAUUGUUUUCGGAGCGUUUUCAGUUCAAUUCUGGGUAGCCGGCCUGGUCAAAUCGUAUGGCGUGCUGUAUGUCGAGAUUAUGGAAACAUUUCCCAGUUCCACGGCAACUGUAGCUUCUUGGAUUCCAGCCAUACUCUCCGCUCUCUGUCUGGUCCUAGCGCCACUCUCCAGCGCGCUGUGUCAGCGUUUUUCAUGUCGCUCCGUCGUCUUUGUUGGCGGCAUUUUCUGCUCCCUGGGCAUGAUACUCAGUUAUUUUGCCACCAAUUUGCUCCAUCUGCUCUUCACAUUCGGCAUACUGACGGGCAUUGGUGGCGGACUUUCGACCACGCCAGGAAUUGUAAUAGUCUCUCAGUAUUUUGACAAGCAUCGCGCUUUGGCCAAUGGCAUUUGUGUGUCGGGCACGGCAGCCGGGAGCUUUGUGCUGCCCAUACUAAUCAAGCAUCUGGCCGAGAAUUGCGGAUUUCAUGGCACUCUGCUGAUUCUAGGCGGUUGCAUGCUGCAUGUCUGCGUCUCGGCGAUGCUCUAUCGACCGCUUAGCGCACAUGUGGAGCAAGCAGAAGCGAAGAAAACUAUAGUUGAGGAUACAAAUGCGAAUGCCACAGGCAUGUUGACAACAUCCACGUACCUGGACACACAUGAGGCGACAGACACCGAGCUGAACGACAAGUUCAUAGAGCAUUUAUUUCUGGAGGAGUGCAAGAAUCAUCUGAUCUACUAUGCCAACAAGCAGUCAACUCAAGACAAGUCGGCGCAGGAGAGCGACGAUGAGGUGAAGGACAUCAUAGGAGAGACCACAUUUAUAAAGCCAAUGAAAAAGGUGCGCAGCUCCGGACUGCUGCACUCCGUGGAGGAUCUAAGCACAGACUCUACUUGGGUUUAUCGCAAACACUCUGGCACGGAUUCAAAUCGCGGCAGUCGCCGUCGUCGCAAUGUUUUUGCCAACGAUGAGACCAUUAGCAAAAUACAGGCGCAUCUGGAGAAGCCGCUCUCGCCGCCCAGCGUGGUCAGUCGUGGUCUCAGCAAGAGCAUGGAAAUACCCACGCCUGUCAGCAAACUGAGCGAACUCAAACAGCAGCCGCCAGCAGACUCGCAGCUGCAGCUGGAGGAUGAUGAUGAUGAUGAGGACGAUGAUGGCGUUGACGAGGAUGAGCAGCUAAAGCGCAGCUGCUGUGCACGCAUUGAGGUCUAUCUGGACUUGAGUCUGCUGCAAGAUCCGAGCUUUAUAUUGAUGUGUCUGUCGGUCACCCUCAUGUCCGUUGGCUGUCCCUACAUGCUGUACUAUCUGCCGGCGCAUGUUAUAUCUAUAGGUUAUAAUAAAAGCGAAGCGGGCUACCUAGUGGCCAUCAGCGCUGUGCUUGACUUGUGUGGACGUUUGGGUCUUGGCUGGCUAUCGGACUUGCAGCUCUUUGAUCGCAAGCGCACCUAUACCUUAUGCAUUUUGGGCGCUGGUCUGGCCGUGCUUACCAUACCCUUUGCCAAGACGCUCAUCCUUGUGGGUCUCUCUGCUGCGGUGUAUGGUCUCUGCCUGGGCAGCUGGUAUGUGUUGAUGCCAGUACUGCUGGCGGAUGUCUUUGGCACGGAUAGGAUUAGCUCCAGUUACGGCUUGGUGCGCAUGUUCCAGAGCAUUGGCGCCAUAUCGGUGCCACCGUUGGCGGGUCUGCUGCGCGAUAUAUCCGGCGACUAUGAGAUUUGCUUUUAUUGCAUGGGCUCCUGCAUGGUAUUGGGUUGUCUGCCGUUGCUGGUUUGGAUUAUACUGGAGUCACGCAAUCAUCGGCUUUUCGUGCAGCGCGUGGAGGACGAGGAGGAGGAGGAUUGUGAAUUGGAGGCUUAG